GUAAACCAUAUUGUGCGAUUAUAGCAUGGCCAUGUGUCGUUUUUCGAGCGCGAGCGGUAUUGUAUUGUGUUCUACACAACCGAGGCUGAGGCUAAUUCAACCCAUUCGAGCACAGUCGCUUCCCUGUAGCUUUGUGAAAUAGUAGAGAAAUGGCGGUCAGUCACUACCUCGCCCUUGUCUUCGGACUACUUUUCAUCGUAGCAGGCUUCGUAAAACUCAUACCCCUCGACAACGACCAGAAGGGACAUGGGCUACCUCAAAUGUACACCGACUUUGAGAGAUUCCUAACCGUUCUUCCGCUACGGGACGUAGUGGGUAUAAAGACCGCUGCGAUGUACCUAUCCCUGGUGGGCGCUACUGAGGUGCUGUUAGGUGCCUUGCUCGCAUUUGGACGACCUGUUUGUCGAGUGUUUGCCGCCGUGCCUCUCCUCGGCAUCAUGAUCGGAGCAGCCUACACUCUCGUGAUGGUCGGAGAGCCCCUAUCCCACACUGUACCAGCUGUCGUGUUUGGAGCUGCUUUGGUUUAUAUCUUGCUGAAUCAAAGGGGGCUUGGAGGUGGGGUCAUCAGUACAAAGUCGAAGAGCAAUUAACUGAUUUGAUUGGAGAACAUUGGCGUAUCCAACAUAGUGGUUGAUGAAGCUAGGAACGCCCCUCUGUUUGAAUUGAAGCCCCCACCAGCUGUACCACCGGUACUUGCAGAUUGUCUACGUCAAGCAGAGCUACCCAAUUGCAUUCCAGCCCCCCACCCCAACCUAACCCCAACCCAACCCCAACCCUCUCUAGAAUAUCUUUAGGACCCCUGUAUAUGACUCGUGUCUGGAUACGCCUCUGAAUGAGAUUGAAUUAAAAUGCAACAAUAUAUAUUAAUGAUCGGAUCACUGGAGAACUUUAAACAUUGCAAUAAAAUUGCAAGAAGAAGGCCUUUACUCCAAUUUAAUACAGUAAGCUAGGAUACUAAGUUCUACCUUCAGCAACUGAAUGUGUCUUCUUAGAAUGCAAGCUAUCAUCUUACCAGCUAGUGAAAUGUCACAGAGACGUGGGAUUAUUAAGUGCCCUACUAAUAAUGCUGCAUGCUGCAAAGACAAAGUAAUGAGAAUGAUGAAGAUUGUGGCGAGAGAAGCAAUUUGUGGACUUGGAAGAUAAUAUGCCUUAUUUUGCCUCAAUCAUUUAUGUUUCUAACUUUCUAGUAUUGUCUCGAUAUCAUAUAUUACGGAGAGGUUUUGGUGAAUACGGAAAAGUUUAUUUCAUUGAUUUUGUUUUUAAAAGUGGCAUUGAUUUCCUUUCCCGACAAGGUGAAUUAUGUGAUUUCAUCUUCCAACAAUAUAUGCAAGCUAUUUACUUAGUUGUCAAUUGUUAUGUAGGUUUCUCGUAAUUAGGCUCAUUGAAAAGUGUACUAUGGCUCUUGCCCCCCUUCCCAUAUUCCUUGUGACCUCGGCACCAAAUUCAUAACUUUAAAAAAAAUCAGAGAACCUUGAAUCAUCGCUAUACAAACUUGGCUAUUGUAGUUUUAUAAUUGGUCUACAUGUACUGCAGCCUCGCAACAGUUGUGUAGAAAUUAAGUAUUGAACAAAUAUAAAGCAGAACGAGAGCCCUAAUUCGUUGAUGACCGUAUGGAGAAUUUGAAGUACAUGUAUAUGGCAUACGGCAUAAAAAGAAUGGGAAGUUUAAAAAAAUUCCCAUAUUGAAAUAAGAACUUAUCAGUUUCCAACAUACAGGUGUUCCUAAAGAGGUAAUCAAAGAAGCUUUUUAAAAACUAAUCAAUUGCAAUAUAUUAAAUGGAAAGUGUAUCCUGAUGUUAAAUUGGUUUUAAUGAAUGCAACCCCCCCCCCC